AGAUGAAAAAUGUAAACAAACAAUACCACGUGCUUCUUUUCCCAGAAAGCGGGAAUUGAAAAAUAAAUUGAGCAGGACUUUUCAGUAAGUUCAGGAAGAGUUGAGGAUGGCAGGAUCUAAUGAACCUUUCCGGGAGAUUGUUGAGAAUAUUUUCAAUCGAUGGAGUGCCCUCAAAUUAGCCGUUGAGCACGGAAUGGGAGGCUGGAAUGGGCUUCAGAAAGCAAUUGAGCUGAUGAACCAUACGUACGACUACUGCGUUCAGCCCAAGACACCAGCACAGGAAGACAUUCAGGAUGCCCUUGAUGAGUACCUGGAUCAGGAAUUUCAGACAAUCUGCGAUGAUAAUUCCUCCCAGGAAGUCAGCUACUACCUCAUAAGGUAUCUCACCAUGUUCAGAGCAGGACAAUUUGCGGAGAUUACGAAUGAAUUGAAUCAACUCCCUCCUGUGAACAAAUGGCUACUUCCUGGCCACAAAAUCACCUACGUGGCCGUUCAGGAGGACUCAUCCUCAGAUUCAGAGACAGAAGAACAUCCCCGGCAGCAAAUUGGAGCAUUUACAGUCACAGAUCUCCCAGAAGGAUUCGCCCCAAGCACCAGUGGGGCAACAAUGGAAAUGCAAGAGGAGGAUGUAGAGCCUGGAUGGACAAAAGUAACCACAAAAUCCCGAAGAAAACACUAAUUCUACUUUCUAGAUGUAUUUUAUUGGUUUUUCUUAAUAAAUUCAUUAAAAUUUACAAA